CCUGAUCCAAAUGCACCAAAGCCUGAUCCAAAUGCACCAAAGCCUGAUCCAAAUGCACCAAAACCUGAUCCAAAUGCACCAAAGCCUGAUCCAAAUGCACCAAAACCUGAUCCAAAUGCACCAAAACCUGAUGAACCAAAACCUGAACCAAAGCCUGAUGAACCAAAACCUGAACCAAAACCUGAUGAACCAAAACCUGAACCUGAUCCAAAUAGUUCAUCCGCUGUUAUUAGUGUUACUAUUUCUGAUGUUGGUAAUGAUCCAGCAACAUCUAGUGAUAGUCCAGUUAUUACUACAGUUGCUACUGAUAACUUAAGUUCAACUAGCUCAACUGGGGUUAAUGUUGAUCCAAAUACCACUGAACCUGACACACAUACUGAUGAUUCACCAACUUCCAAAACAUAUCCACCUGGACAUGAACCAUGUACAAAUCCUGAUGAUCCAAGAUGUAAGCCUAAAACAACAGAUCCAACAGUGGUCAGUACAACAGAAGAGAGUGAAAUAAUCACAGAUCCACCAAAACCUAAACAAACUACAACAUCCCAAUCCCAAUUAGACUCAAGUCAUAAAAAAUCAACCAUAACACAAUUCAAAACUUACACCACCACUUCAACAUUAUAUUUCCCAGGGUACACCACUUAUACAUCUUCAACAGGGACUGAUGGAGAAUUAACCACAUAUGCAACUUACAUUCCACCAAGUACUGUUGUGGUGAUCAAGAAAGUUACUUCAGCAACUGUAGAAGAAAUUCAAGAAAGUAGUCCUGUUUCAGCUGGACAUCUUGAUCUGGAACUCUCAAUUUAUAAUUUAUAUAGCAUUGCUACAUCAUUAUUUGUUGUUUCCGUAACAAUGCUUUACUUAAUUGUUGCUUAA